CGAUUUUUCCUGAGCAGAAAAUCGUGGGGUUUGAAGGUUGUGCUAGGUGGCAGUGUUAUCGUGUAAGUUCAGCCGCUCGCUUGGAAAAUAUCCCGGCAGAGGGCCAAUGUAAAUAUUUGGAAUACCAUGCAUACCAAACUCACAGGUUCGACCGAAAUGUCAAAUUCUUUUCACAAGUUUACUGUUUAGUGCGGUACAGGCCGUAAAAAAUACAAUAAGACUUUACCGGAUCAAGAUUAAUUGUUUCAAAUUGGCAUCCGUCUGUGUAUUAAUUGGAAAGUGUUGUUCAACCGGCAGUAGAUAACGUUCGCCCCUAGCAUGAUUACUUCAAUAUCGACCGUGGAAAGUUGCAGACAACCAACCUUGGAUAGCAAAGAGGAGUCACCAUUGGAGGUGCUCUCUAGAGCAGCCACCAUGGUGCGACAAGAAAGUCAACAAGCUGGCUUAAAUGAUUCCACUAAACAGCUACACAAACAGACAACAAAGUGCAAGAGGGAUAAAAGGCGUCUUCCCGAAUAUUCCCGAAAAUCGGAUCCCAAAGUUCCUGAAACCCUUGGUGUCGAACCUUCCAGCCCUGAGGCCAGUAUUUCCAAUGGAAACAGUCCGUUAAGCCAUUCCAAUCUGAUCAAAGUGAAGAGAGAAGUAGAUCUAAUUCCUCCUGGGGGCGACACGCCACUUGAUAUGACAGUGAAACAAAGAGGAGAGCCCCCAUCCUACGCUCAAACAAUCAGCAACCCGGGGUACCGAUCGAGUUUCGGAACGCCUAAGAAGAAUCCAUCUUCAGCACCAUCACUACCUAAGAACAGGGACAGGAUACCAUCAGGAAUUUCCAUGUGCGAUACAGUGAUUGAUGAGCACUUUCGGAGAUCCCUAGGGCAGGACUAUCAUGCAAUCUUCCAGAACACUAAUCCAGUGACAGAAGCGAAGCAUUCAGCAAAACUUCCACAACAGGCUACAACCAAUGUGAUAGAAUUCAUGGACGAUACAGCUUUAAGUGUGGACGAUCAUUUUGCCAAAGCCCUAGGAGACACGUGGAAGCAGUUGAACAAAAAGGAGCAAAUCAAGAAGAGGCAGAACGAAAGUAACUUGGUGUUGGCAAAAAAUUGACCCAAGCCAAAACUGAUGUAAGGUUUACCGGAUAUAAUAUUCAGUGAAUAUUCAUAUAUUUGUUCCAAUAGAUUUGUAAUAGAUGCACUGUUUAAAAUUCUUAGACGCAAAUAUGUAUAUCUUACGUAAUACGGUAGGGGACAUUAGAGUUUGGUAGGUCGUCAGGCAUGUAAUGGGUGUUUUGAAUUAAUUAUUAUGAGGCGUGUACGAUCGAAAUUGCAUCGUACAAAGACAUGACUUAAAAAACCGGAGUUUUUGGACUCAGUUUUUUAAAUAUUAAUACUGUGAGCCGUUGUUACCAUAGAAUUUGCAUCGUUCGGCUGAAGACCUACUUGAGUUAAAAAAUAUGUGAUUCGAACCUUUUACUUUUACAUUUUUCUCUAAAAUUCUCGUUUUCUGAUUGAUAGACACUAAUGUAUUUAUAAUUGUUGAUCAGGGAUGUUAUGAUUUAUGAGACUUAUUUACGUUAGUAGCAAGUACCUUCUAAUAUCCGGUUCCUGUUUGUGUAUUUUAAUCCGUCAUUUCCUUUUAACGCUUAGAGCCGCCAAGUAGCUGGUUUUAUAUGGGAGACAGCAGGAAUCCGGAGCUUAAAGCAAUGAAAAAACGGUUUUUAAACUACUGAUACAUUUUCCUUAAUGUGUACAUUUAUGCAUUACUUGUAAAUAAUCGUAGACUAACUAGGUAUUUAUAUUUGUUAUUUUUUUCCAAUCUGAAGCUUUGUAUUUCUUGGUAGUUGUUUAGCGAUAUGCUGUACUUGUGAUUCAUAAAUCGGCUAUAAAUACAAAGACGAUAUACAUUG